AAACAUUAUUCUGAGUGACCUUAUCUUUGUACUGCUGCAAGAGGCAUUAGCGCACAAAAUGCAAAGAAACACAAACACCCAACACAAAAUCUUCACUACAUAAUUUCCCCAUUUCUCUCUGUCUCUCUCUCUCUCUCCCCUCUUUCACAUACAUGAACCACACAACAGAAGAGUCACAGAGUUGUCGAGAGACACAAAAACACCAAAUUUCACAAAGUCUCUUCAUCUAUAUACAUGUGGCAUUUAUAACCUUAUAACAGAUUGGAAAUUUUUUUAGGAGAGUUAUUGUUUGUUUGAAAAAAAAAAAAAAAAAAAAAAGGAUGAUUAAUCAUCACUGCGUUCCGGAUUUUGAAAUGGACGAAGAUUACUCAUUCCCUUCCUCAUCUUCUGCUGUUUCUCGCUCCAGAAAAUCACCUUUGCCAGAAAAUGAGAUCAUGGAGCUGUUGUGGCAAAACGGGCAAGUGGUUAUGCAGAGUCAGAACCAAAGAUCUAUAAGAAGAUCUCCACCGUCGAAAUUGGAACAAGAGAACGACAACAACAACAACAACAACCAUAUAUUUAUGCAAGAAGAUGAAAUGGCAGCUUGGCUUCACUACCCUCUCGAUGAGGACAAUUUCUGUGCACAACUUGAACUUCUUGACAACAACAACAACAACAAUAUGAAUAUGAGUAGUCACAGUCAGAUUACUACUCACACCAAUAUUAACCCUAUGGUUCGGUCAAGCCAGCCGCCGCCGCCGUCGAGGCCACCGAUUACGCCUUCGAGAAGGAGUGAGUUGGCGGAGUCGAAGGUGAGUCAGUUCCCGUCGAGACAAAAGGGUUAUUAUUGUGAUGAAGAAACUAACAAGAGAAUGGCGGUGGUGAGGGAAUCGAGUACGAUGGUGGAUUCGAACGAGACUCCCGAGACUUGGGCUGUGGUGGAUAAGGGUUGCGCUACCAUGAGCGGAGGUGGCGCUGAGGUGGCAGUUACAUCUUCCGGUGGUGGUCGUGGCGGUGGUGAUAGGAGCAAGGUGGAGAUGAUGACUUGUGAGAUGACGGUGACUUCGUCGCCAGGGUGUUCGAGCGCAAGUGCGGAGGCGGGUCAGAAGGAGGAGGCGGCAGGUGAAGAUCGGAAGCGGAAAUCAAUGGAAGCCGACGACGCCGACGCCGACGCUGACGCUGAGUGCCGCAGCGAGGAUGUUGAGUUUGAAUCUGCGGAUGCAAAGAAACAGGUUCGUGGAUCAACCUCUACAAAGAGAUCCCGUGCUGCAGAGGUCCACAAUCUUUCGGAGAGGAGACGUCGAGAUAGGAUAAAUGAGAAGAUGAAGGCUUUGCAGGAACUCAUACCUCGUUGCAACAAGUCAGACAAAGCUUCAAUGCUGGAUGAGGCAAUUGAAUACUUAAAGUCACUUCAGUUGCAAGUACAGAUGAUGUCCAUGGGAUGUGGCAUGGUCCCUAUGAUAUUUCCUGGGGUCCAGCAGUAUAUGCCUACAAUGGGUAUGGGAAUUGGGAUGGGCAUGGGUAUGGGCAUGGAAAUGGGCAUCAACCGGCCAAUGUUUCCAUUUCCCAAUAUGUUAGCUGGUUCAGGGUUGCCAACAGGAGCAGCAGCUCAUCUGGGACCAAGAUUCCCAAUGCCAGCGUUCAUGCCGCCUGUUCCUGUGCCUGAUCCUUCCAGAAUCCAAUCAAACCAGUCAGAACAAAUGCUGAACUCACUUGGGGCACAACAUCCAAGCCAGUCAUGGUUCCCAAAUUUUACCGACCCUUAUCAGCAGUAUGUUGCUCCCCACCAAAUGCAGUUACCGCUACCGCAGAAUCAAGCAAUGGCCCAGCCGAGUACUAGCAAGCCAAGCACCAGUAGGGGACCUGAAAAUCUUGACAAUAACCAAUCAGGGGACAUGACAUGUCAAUAGCAAAGAUCCCUGGCUGGCUAAGUAUGCGCAAGAUGCAGCAAUCUGUUCUAUAGUUGGUGCCAACUACUCUAUAAAAAGUUGAAGCCUUAACCCUGAUGGAUCAAGUAUAGGACUUGUGCCUGCUAAGUUUUGAGAGAACAACACUUUUUUGAGAGAAGCUUUCCCAGAGGGAGGCUGAUACAUUGUAAAUUAGCUAAUAUGUAAUUAUUUACACCCCUUUUAAAAUAAAGUUUUCCCUUCUAUUAUAUGAA